AUGAGGACGGCCAGGCGGGCGAGCAAUGUGGAGGUGCCCUCCUUCCUCCGACAGCUGGUCAAAGAGACCGAGAAGAUGGUCACCUUCUUUUUCAAAGGGGGGACCAAGGACGCUGCAGGGCCUGGAGAGGAGGACAGUUUGGAUGAAGAAGACCUGAUGCCAAGUCCAUACCUGGACCAUCCCAUCUUGGAGAAGCACGUGUCAGAGGGGGGGUCUCAGCUGGGGCUGAACUACGCUGUGGCGAGCAUGCAGGGCUGGAGGGCUCAGAUGGAGGACGCACACACCUGUAUGCCACAGCUAAGGGGGGAGCUGGCAGAGUGGGGAUACUUUGCUGUUUUUGAUGGACAUGCAGGGAUCACAGUGGCACAGUACUGCUCAAAACACCUGCUGGACCACAUCAUGGCAACAGGUGCAGUUAAAGCGAGCAAAGACCCUGUGGAGGUGAAGGAGGGAAUCCGUCAGGGCUUCCUGGACAUUGACUGCCACAUGCACAAACUGGCUCGCCAGGACAAUUGGGACAGGAGUGGCACCACUGCAGCGGCAGUCCUGAUUUCACCACGUUUCGUUUACUUUAUCAACUGUGGGGACUCCCGCACUUUGCUCUGCCGUAACGGCCAAGUGGUCUUCUACACAGAGGACCACAAGCCGUUCAACCCCAGAGAGAAGGAGCGCAUCCAGAACGCCGGGGGCUCAGUGACCCUGCAGAGAGUCAAUGGCUCGCUGGCUGUUUCCAGAGCACUGGGGGACUUUGACUUCAAGGAGGUGGACUGGAGGCCACAGACGGAGCAGCUGGUGUCACCGGAACCAGAGGUGUAUGAACUGGAGAGGACAACUGAGGAUGAGUUCCUGAUUCUCGCGUGUGACGGUGUAUGGGAUGCCAUCGGCAAUGAGGAGUUGUGUGCCUUUGUGCGCAGCCGUCUGAGGGUGUGCGAUGACCUGAGAGAGAUUUGUACCCAAGUUAUUGACCUCUGCCUCUAUAAGGGGAGCUUGGACAACAUCAGUAUAAUCAUCAUCUGCUUCCCUGGCGCCCCCCAGGUGUCACAGGAGGCACUGCAGCAGGAAGCCGCACUGGAGCAGCAGAUUGACAUGAAAGUGGAAGAAAUUAUCCAUAUGAUAAGGUCCAGAGAUGAGGACCCUGACCUUCUUUAUGUCAUCAAAUUUCUGGCUGCAGAAGAGAUGCCAGCACUUCCACCAGGAGGAGGUAUCACCAGCAAGCGAGACUGUAUCCUUUCUGCAUAUCAGAAAUACAUCACAACAGUGAAAACUCAGGUGCCUAUGGACAUCGAAGGAUCGGAGGAAGACUCUAACUAAAACUGUAACCAUGGAAACAGACCAGUUGGAGACCAGUUAAGAUAGCAUUUAAGUGUAAACUUUAGAUAAGUAUGUACAAUAGUCAGAGUAUUUGCUUUCUGGUCAAUUACAAUGAAAUUUCAAUAAAAAAAGAAACCUUG